AUUGAUUUUUCAGCCCCCCCAAAAAAAUAUAUAUUAGCAGCAAGGAGAAGUAGUGCGCAUAUUUCUAGAUUACAAUACCAGAGAAUUUUGAAAAAACACAACUUAAGUUAAAUCAGGGACAUUACAGCAGCAUUAGCAUACCAGCAACCACCAUAGGUCUCGCGGAGACAGCCGUCCUGGACAUAAUGGCUGCUAAUUUGCAACAGCAGCGCUCCAUCAACUUGCAGCUACGGCGGGAAAUGGAGAUGGAGCGAAUGCCCGUCUCGGUGGCCUGCUCCUUGAUGAUGAAGUACAUGUUGGAGCACGAGGAAGAGGACUGCCUACUCAGCGGCUUCACCCAGAAGGUGAAUCCGUUUCGCGAAAAGAGCUCCUGCAGCAUCCUAUAGAUUCGGAUACAUCAUGAUCCGGACCCAGUCCUAACAGUAUUAUCCUAUAAAGUAUACUCAAUCACGGCCGGGAUCCGAACCCAGCCGUGCCAGUCGUAUAACCUAUUUGCUGUUCGUUGUAUGUACGUGUGCCGACCUCAAUUAUGUCUAUAAACUAAGUAUAUGCAAUGGAAUCGCACGAACCGAGAAUUUAUGGAUGUAUAAACAAAGUAGGAGGAACCGUCUUGACCUAAAAUGCCUGCAUAUGUGUGUUUAAAUAUCGUGUAUUUUGCUAAUCCUGUAGCUCUUUAUUGGAGACUUUAGCAAAGCCGCUUUCAUUAUAGAUGUUUCCUAUUGAGAUAUUCCUGAAAUAAAGCCAUGUAGUCAGUGAUUUUAAUGUGAA